AUGACUUCGAAAACAGUAUUGGUUAAUAAAUCUGUAGAAGAAAUCGUCGAGACCACGUCCACUAUGGAAAUGAUUACAACCCUCCAUACUGUUGAACCUGAAAUUACGCAAUCUGUAUGGUCUACUUCUGUCACAUCCAAAUCUACUACCGAGACUUCAAUUACAAUUGCAGAAUCAUUAAUGGUGUAUUUCACUACUGAAGGUACUAAAACAACAGCAACAUUUACAGAAGCUGAAAGUACUAUGCCUGUCUCUACAAUCGAAAUCUUAGUAGUGACAACAAUUCCCAUUCAAACUACGGAAAUACCAGAAUUAAGUACAACAAGUAGGACCAUAUUUGUGGAAGCAUUGACGUUGAAUAUAACUUCGGAAGUUGCUGAGACGAUAACUGAGUCCGUAGAGAGCACCACAAAGAGAACUAUACCUCCUGCGACAACUGGAGUCUUGGUUGUAACUACAACCACUACCCACACCACUGAAAUACCUGAAAUCGAAUCUACAACUGAAAGCGUAACAGCAACGAUAGAGACUGCAACUACCAUACUUACGGAGACUACUGAGAUUACUGAAUCGAAGAUUUCUGUACCUUUUACGAUAACCGAAGUUACGACAAGUACAGUAACACCUAUUACAACUAGUAAACCAAAACUAACAACCGAAACAUCAAUUGAAAGUAUGAGACCUUUUACAGAGAAUGUAACUUUAGAAACUAGUAAACUAACAGAAACUACAGAAACUGAGAGUAGUACAACCAUUCUUACCACUGAAAGCUUGGUAGAAACUACUCUUAGUACCGAAGAGCUAACAACAAAAUUAUUGCCAGUUGCUACAGAAACUUCUGAGACCACUGAGUCUACAGAAACAAAAAGUACUUUGCUUACCUCAACAACAGAAAUUCAAACAGUAACUGCAGUUUCCAUUAGUGAGACGACAGAAAUUACAGUUGCAUCUUCGACCGCAACUAAGGUACCAUUCACAGUGAACGUAACAGAAGAAACUACAAAAACAACAGAAACUAUAGAAACAGAGAGAAUUUCGAUUAUUUCUACUACUGAACGUGUAAAAACGACUACAGAGACUCCUACAUCUAGUUCCGAACUGCCAAAAUUCACAACUGACUUUUCAACGAAACCUGCAGAAUCUUUUACGACCAAUGUUACUAUACAGACUACUACAAAAAUGGAGUUCACAAAAACGGAGACUACUAAGACUAUCCCAAUAACUGAAAUCAUCAUGCUAACUACAGAAGUACUAGUUACCACUUCUGAAACACCAGAAACUACGAUUGAAUCUACAACUAAAUCUAUGAAACCGGUUACCGCGAAUGUAACAAUAGAAACUACUACAACAACGGAAACUAGUGAAACAACUGAGUCUACCGCAACUGAAAGUAUCGCAACUAUUUCUACUACAGUGAUCGUUACAACGGAAGCUACAGUUCCUCGUACUGAAGUAACUGAAACAUCCACAAAAUCUUCAGUGGUAACUGCGGAAUUUUUAACAAUAAAUGUUACUGAAAAAACUACUGAAACAGCUGAGUCUACAGAAACUGAGAGUACUAUGUCUAUCUCAACAAUUGAAGUCGAAACAACUACGACUGAAUCUCCAAUUCCUACUAGUGUGGUACCAGAAUUUUCAACCGAAUCCUCAAUAGAAACUAUGGAACCUGUUACUGCAAAUAUAACUGUGGAAACCACUAAGAUAAUUGAGUCUACAGAAACUAAGAGGACCAAGGUUAUAUCGACAACGGAGGUUGAGAUAACUAUUACAGAAUCUUCAAUUUCUACUAGUGUGGUAUCAGAAUUUACACCCGAAUCUUCAACAGAAACUAUGGAACCUGCUACUGUAAACGUAACUGCAGAAACCACUCAGAUAACUGAGGCUACAGAAACUGAGAGGACCAAGACUAUACCAACAACAGAGGCUGAGAUAACUAUUACAGAAUCUUCAAUUUCUACUAGUGUGGUAUCAGAAUUUAUAACCGAAUCUUCAACAGAAAGUAUGGAACCUGUUACUGCAAAUGUAACUGUAGAAUCCACUGAAACAACUGAAUCUACAGAAACUGAGAUUACUGAGCCUGUCCCAACAACAGAAGGUGUAAUAGUAACUACAGAAACUCCAGUUCUCACUAGUAAGUUACCAGAACUGACGACCGAAUGGUCAACUAUAUCUAUAGAAGCAUUACCUACGAAUGUCAGUACAAGAACAACUGAGACUUUUAUCAGAACUGAAUCAAUUUACAUAACCAAUGUAACUAGCAAAGUAACCAAAGUACCCACUGAACUAUCAUUUAGUACCACAGAAGAAUGGGAAACUUCAACUAUAUCUGCAAGAAUUAUAGAAACAUUGCCAACAAACGAGACCGUACGAACAACUAUUGAAAUUACAGAAGUCACUACAGAAUCUGUAUUUACUAUCAUAGAAAUACCUGAAGUUAUCACUGAGUCCACAGUGUCGAUAAUUAUUAACGAGGCAGCAGGGACGACCGAAGAAAUAUCUACAUUUUCGAUGACGGAAGAAAUUACUUUGCCUUCGUUUGAAAAUAUUACCGCGACUAUUUCACUCGUUACCUUUGAAUACAUGACUCCUAAAAUUACUGAAGCAGAAAUUAUCAAAUUUCCACAUGAAAUUAAUGUAACAGAUGUACUUGAGCUAACUAAAACAGAAUAUGAAUCAGAAACAUUUACUACAGGAAUCCUCGAAUUUCCUAAAUACAAAGAAGCAGUUAACGUCACUGAAUCUGUUAUUUCUGUAGCGUUUACUCUUGCCAGCGAAAGAGAAACGCCUAUUACAGAACUUACAACAAUGGAAGCAAUAGGAACCACAGAGUCAAUGGUAGAAUAUUCCGAAUUCAAUAUUAGUACACUAACGGAACCAGUAGAGUUCUUCAACAAAACAAAUGUAACAACGACAGAAUCGAUUCUAGUUGUUACGCUUCCGAAAAUAACUGCUCAUGAGGAGCUCACAAAAUCGACUAUAUCAUCAAAUAUAUCAUUUACAUUUGAAAUCAGCGGUCUGCCCACUGGACCUACAUUGUUGGCAUCAAAAACAACGGAAACAACUUUCUCCGGGCCAGAAUUAAUAGAAUUGGAGAUCACAAUCCCAAAUCUAACAGUUAUCACACCCCCAUCAUUAUCACCUGUAACCACCGCUGUUUUAUUCGCCCUUAAUGAAACGACGGUUGAAGAGGCAAUCACGAUUGCUGAAGAAUUCUCUUCUUUAUCCUACGAAAUGACUAUACCUGCAUUUACAUUCCCAGUGAACGCCACGGUACUCGAAGAAGCUGUUACAACUGCCGAAGAAUUUUCUUCCUCCGAAACGACUGUCGCUGCAUUCACGUCGAAUGAAACGACUUCCAAAGCGACCGCUGAAGCAUUGUCCUUCUCGUCAUCCAAGAUUACUGGGACAUCUAUCCUCCCGAUAAACAUCUCGACAACACUGAAAUCUCCUAUAAGCGCCAAGAAUGAAGUUUACCUCGAAACAGAAAUUGUUCACGAGAAAGAUUAUGAUAAAGAGUACGACGAAGAGGAAGAAGAAGAAAAAGACGAGUAUAAAGAAGGUACAGAUGUGUGGCAGGAUUAUUACGAAAUGCUCUCUAUCACUGAAGCAGUUCGAUCAACGACUGAAGCCGUUGAAUUAAAUAUAACCGUUACUACUUCCAACGUAACAGUUCCGACUGCUUCUGUGUGGCUAGCAGAAACUUCGAUGGAAAGUACGUCAAAGGAAAUUGUAGAAACUGGUACAUUCAGCGUAACGACGGAAGGAAUAAAGACGACAGAAACAGAAGAGGAAGUUUUCACUCUGACAACUGAAGUAUACACAUUGGAAUCCACACCCGAAUUUUCCACGGAAUACUUGCCCCUCGAUUACUAUGAACACGUGAGUACUAAGGAGGAUGGUUCUCCAGGAUAUCCUAAAAAGGUGACACAGAUCAAAGAAAUGAUUACACCUUCGGUAGUAAGUACCUACGGUGCUCAAUUAAUAACCGAUAAGGAAGAACAAAGGGUUCGUCACAAACAGAUGAGGGAACAAUUGCUGGACAAGAUUGUUCAGUUGGAGAACAAGGAAAAGACGAUUAUCAACAAAGAAACUGAACUAGAAAUAGAGGAGCAUACCUGGGAGCGCGAGAAGUUGAGACGAAUGCAAGAAGUAAUCGAACAAAAGAAGAUCAUGGAAAGUCAUUUAACCAUUUCGACAGAAGAUUUCGAGUCGUUCACAGAGAAACCUACCGCGCGUCAACCAAUCGAUACAUACACACCCCCAAUAACAGAAGACACGCUUCAGAAAGAAGUAAGAAGGUUAGAGGACAAGUUAAUCGGAAUAGAAAACCGUUUGAAAGAAAGGGAAAAGAAUUUAUUAGAAAGAAGGAAUAGAUUAGAGAAAGAUAGAGCGGAGUUCGAAAAAAGGUUACAAGAGUUACAAAAACGACCAUUGAGCGAAUUGGAGGCUAAAAUGACUGUGCCUAAAGCUGAAGGACCUAUAGUAACGCGUACAACGCCGUCCGUGUCGCAAUUGCCUCCUACGGAAAGAACCACGAUAGAGAUUCACGAACCGACUGCAGAAGGUGGAAAAGAAACGACAGUAAUGAGGAAAACAAUAACGAAAACAGACGAAGAGGAAGAAGAAGACUAUGAAGAAAACUAUGCCGCACCUACUAUAAAAAUCGCGAAACAGCAGUUCGUUACGCAAACGAUUUGCAUGAACGUGUUCGAGAAGGGAGAGAAGGAAAUGGUGACUAAAAGAGUUUGCUUGCCGAACGUGGAAGGUUCGGGCACGUAUUCCAAAGAGCAAAACGCAGAGAAGAAGCCAGUGAAGAUUAACGAAUUGCAGCUUAAAGGCCACGAGUGGACGGAAGGCGCGACCACAGAAGGAUACGGCAGUACUUACGCGGAACCGCAAAUAGAGUCCCCGGACAGGGAGAAUAAUAGAAAGAGAUCGUUACCUGAUGAUGGAAAGGUCCGCUUUAAACGAAGCAACGCUUACGAUGGAGGGUGGACAAGGUACACUGUUGACUCGGAAUGUUGUCGUAAUAAGAAUGAAAUUGAUCGUGCGGACAUGAAAGCUUACAUUGAUAAUAUAUUCUUAGAGUAUAAAAAUGCCACUACCGAAACGUAUAGAAGACUUAACGAAGCGCAUACUGGAAAUGAUAAAAAGUGUACCGAUGAGACUUUUAAGAAGCGGAAUAUACUGGGAAUUCAAAAAGCGAAGAAUAGUGAAAUUGCGAAGAAUGGGACAAGUAACGAUGAAAUAGAAGAGAACAAUUCUGGUUUAGCAGAAAACCGAAAGUUCUUACAAUGCACGAUAGAGAGUACGCCAUUGAUCGAGGGUAAUUUAACGAACAGCGAGCCAAGUCGGGAGACUUUGGCGGAGGAAAAUGAAUUCUUUUCAAACAAGGAACUUUAUACUUCGAACGCGCGAAAUUCUGAGUACGGGGAGUUUGUAGAAGCCCGUCUAGUGGAAGAGAAUGAGCAGAGCGAGGAUAAUUUCAUAAUGAACACCUUAACUGAUAACUAUGAAGACGAAUCAGUUACGGAGCCUAUUGAAUACGAAACGUACGAGGAUCCAAAUAUCACGGACAACGAAGUUGGGAAUAAUGAGAUUUAUACGGACCGACGCACAGGGGAUAACGAAGGCACUGGGGAUGAGGACGACGAAGAAUUAAGGACGAAAGUUGAAGAAAAAACCCGACAACCACCUGGCCCCGAAUGGCCGACAGAGCUGGUUACCCAAUAUCAUAUAGGUGGUACCAGAACGUGGAGCAUAGAAACCGAUGACAUAGACAGCGAAGAUCAAGACGAUACAUCAAAACAGUCAACCUGCUAUGAUAUAAUUAUUUCUAGAAAAAAGAUAUUUUCUUAA